UUUAAUGAUUGUGCUAACUGUGUUAACUGAAGCAAUGUUUGGACCUCUUCGAUGGAUACAUUUAGGACUAUCUCUGGGUCUCUUAAUGCCUACUCUUAAUGUGAUUGGUAGAACUAAUGGAGACGCUAACGAUCAUCUCAAACUAACUCUUCGAUAUUGGUUGGAAAAGAAAGAUAAUGUUACAGGAACCACUUGGGACAACUUAAUAAGAGCAGUCAGGAGUACUGGGGACAUGGCAGCUGCUGAGAGGAUGCCAGGCAUUUUGAGAUCAAAACUUAGUUCAAUUGAUCAACCUAACACUCCAGACACUGAUAGAAGACAAGGAAAAAUAGACAAAUGGCUGGAAGAAGGUGAAGUUGUGCUAAAAGUCACUCGUAUCAAUAUGCAUGGUGCACCUGGAGCUGGUAAAACAUGUUCAAAGCACCUCCUACUUAAUGAGCCACCACCAACUUCUACUGAUAGUACACCAAUAGCUUGUCGUGCUGUUGAAGCAACAAGAAUAUCCAUUGAUGAUAAAACAAGCAAGUGGGAGAGGGUUGAAAGGAAAGAUUUAUUUAAAGAGUUAGCAUCUCAUCUUGACAAAGCACCAAAUGAAACAAAACACGAGAAUUUUAAAUUUGCUCGCAUUUUGUGCCUAAUAAUUGUUUUUUGCUAUAAUUUUGUAAAAAAUAGCAUAAUUGGCACUUUUUUGGGAAAUCCAUGAGCAAUGAACAACCUAAGGACAAGCCAGCAGAAACUGGAGUAAUUAAUAACAUUGUAAAUGCUCGUGCAACUGAGAAAUUCAACACAAAUUGGGUUUAUUUUAUUGAUUCGCGGUGGUCA